CCCAUUCCCUCAAAAUACUCCCCCCAGUAACAUAGCAAAAGAAUAAAGAACGCUCCCACAUUUCCUUUCAACAAAUUUCCACCCCCGUCAAAAAAAUGCAGUACCAAGCAGAGUCAUGGGGCUCCUACAACUUCCCAACACGGAGUUCUAGCCCUAUCGGGUCGGACCCGAUAGAGCGGAUAGAGAGGCUGGCGUCGGAGAACGCGGUGGUGAUAUUCAGCGUGAGCACGUGCUGCAUGUGCCACGCCAUCAAGCGGCUCUUCUGCGGGAUGGGGGUGAACCCCACCGUGUACGAGCUCGACGAGGACCCCAGGGGCGGCAAAGAGAUCGAGAAAGCGCUCAUGAUGCUCCUCGGGAGCCCCUCCGGGGUCCCCGUCGUGUUCAUUGGUGGAAAGCUGGUGGGAGCUAUGGACAGAGUCAUGGCCUCCCAUAUCAAUGGGUCCCUGGUCCCACUUCUCAAGGAGGCUGGGGCCCUCUGGCUUUGACUUGGGUUUUGGUUUUAAGUGAUCAUGACUAACUUGUUGAUAUUCCCUUUCUCUUGAUGCAGUUUUAGAGUGAGAGAGAGAAACAAAAAAAAGGGAGUUAUUGAAUUAGCAGUAAUUGUUGGUUUAGUGAAAUUAAUUUGGUGAGAGAGAGGAAGAGGAGUGGGUUUCGGCUAAGCAAGCUAGAUCUGCCAUUUUGGAGACAGUUCUAGUAUCUUGGACUAAUGUUUUUAGAUUUAGUUUUUCCUUUUUUUUUUUCUUUUUUCCUUUUUUUUAAAUUUAUUUUCUGGGUCUUUAUUUGUUUUCAGUUUGUGGGUUGUGUCUUGGUUUUGUGUUCUUCAGUUGGGUCUCUGUUGUUGCUUUGUUUUGUGUAGCUUCAACCAAUGUGAGACAGAAAUGUAAUCCGCUCCCUCCUCUCUGUAUAGAAAAGCAAGGAAAAAUUGUUGGUUAA